AUGUCCUCGUCCUCGGCACAUGACUUUUGGACUGUGGUCUCGGAACCAUCAAUUUCGUCCAAAACGAGCUUUACCUCUCUACCUCCCGAACUUCGUCUCAAGAUAUGGUCGCGGGCCAACGAGCCUCGCAUCGUUUUAUACGGUGACCUGGUCCAAGGGAAUGGGUCUUGUCCGUUACCUACUGUUACACAAAUCAAUGCCGAAGCGCGAGAUGAAACUCGACUGGGGUAUGAGCCAAUAGGCCGCGGAUCGUUCUUGGACUUUUCUAAAGACAUUCUUGUUUGCGACCAUAAAAUCUCAGACCAGGUAACGGAUCAGUAUCUAGAUGAACUCGCACCCCGGAUCCGACGCAUGGCCUUCUGGGAUUGCUUUCCCGAUGACAGUCAAGUGCAAGUACCUCAUCACUACUCCAUCUACCUAUCGGCGUGCUAUAACCAGCGGGGAGACUUUGGCAGAAUCGAAUUUGACAGGUUCUGGUUCCCCAACUUGGACGAACUAUGGAUUGUGAAGGUGGGAGACAUCGACCCCCGUUGGAAGAUUCCUGUAAACAAGCAGGCAACAUACGAAACGCGACUGAAAGAGCUGGCGAAGCAAUUCAGGUAUUGGGUAGAUGAUGAGAUCAUCGAGAUGGCUCCUCUGGACCUAAACGACCCCGAAUCGCAUGCAGUCCUCCACGAGGGCCGCUGUGGGAAAGAAGACUGCCACCAACUGAACCGGGGACUUACUAAGAUGGUGUCCAAGGUUGUCUUUCUUGAUGGGAAAUACCAGGCUCCCGAUGACGGCCAGAAAUGGGUCCAAAUCUUCCCCUGGCGAACGGGCGAAGAAACUGGGGACCAAAUACACGCGAGCGGGUUGAGGUGGGUAGUUAUUGAGCGAAUCUUGACCUUCAACCUAUAUCGCGAAGCAUGGAGUGAAGCAGGAAAGGAAAUCAGACGACGCAGACGACUGACUUGA